AUGCCACGCAUAUCCCCGAAACUUUUUCGGCUAGCGUCGCAGAUCGAUGCGAGAUUGCCCUUUCUUCUUCGUGAAUCGAAAGGAAAUGUGCAACAAGCUCAGACGGAGUUGCGUUGGAUUACUGACGAACUUCGGAGCCCCCUUCUCGUUAAAAAGGCAUGUUUGCAACGCUUUGAGCAUGUGCCGCUUCAAUAUAUCUUGAAAAACCAGCCGUUCGGUGAUUUGGAGGUACUAACGCGGCGUGGUGUGUUGAUACCAAGAUGGGAGACAGAAGAAUGGUGCCUGGACCUUAUACGUAAUGUAAUUGGACCUUCUAAAGAGAAGAAUAUGAAAGUGGCAGAUCUUUGUUCUGGAUCAGGGUGCAUAGCGUUACAGAUAGCCUUCAGUAAGCCAGAUGCUGAAGUCAUUGCAGUCGAUAUUUCUUCAAAGGCUGUGCGACUCAUUGGGGAAAAUGUGGAACACAAUGGCUUACAAGAUGCAAAGGUGCAAGUUGUGCAAGCUGAUAUACUAAAAACUCCCUGCGAAGUUGUGCCUGGUUGUCGAUUUGACUUAAUCACCUGUAAUCCGCCAUAUAUUCCGGAAAAUGAGUUUGUGGCUGAAUGUACAACUUCUGUGAAGAUGUACGAGCCAAGAUCUGCUUUAAUCGGAAACCUAGAAUUCUAUCGGAAUUUAGUGGAAUAUUGGGUCAAGGAAGGUAGAACAGACUCAUUUGUGUACGAGGUUGGUAGUAUUGAACAAUGCAAUUAUGUCAUGAAUGCGAUUGACGAAACUGUGAAGGAAAAAUGGCAUGUUGGUGUGAAAUAUGAUUCGAAUAACCAGGCGCGAUGUGUAUACGGAUAUUUAGCGGAGGGUAAAAAAGAUUACCACUCUAUGUUUGAACGAUUCAAAAUUAAAUCUAAUGAUAUUUGUACAAUUAUAUAA